GGGCGCGAGCGCACGCUUGUCAGUCGCUUGACAAUAUCGCGAGUAGAAAGACAAUCGAUACGACUGUGUGUAUAUCAGUACAUACAGAUGUAGAUCUAAGUGGAACUAGAGAUAUACUGUCUACAUACAAGUGGUUCUAAAAAGAUUCCUUCACGUGGACAUUUCCUUAGAUUAUUCAAAAGGAGUUGUAUCCUUUAUGUUAUAAAGUCAAAGAUCGUGUGUAUCCUUGUAAACAGUGUGUAGUCUUAUCCGUGUGUGGACGAUGGGUGCAUUGGAUUGUGUUAACGUUAGCAGGAUAACGCCGACGGAAAGCACAGAAGUGUUUGCGGUGAAUGGAUCGGAAUCAUCAUUAGAUAAAGCGAGACAAGGCGACAUCGAGUCGCAACUGCUGCACAGCCAAGGAAGUGACAAGCGGCAUAGCAUCUGGUGGACCCUAGGGGUAGACCUGCCUUUGUUACUAAUAAUAAUAAUUCUCCCAGCGCUGCAAGAGUUUGGUAUAUUCCCGCAACAUAAGAGCGGUUUCUUCUGCAAUGAUCCCGCUCUCAGCUACACAUUCACGGGCGACACUAUAUCUGCGGCUGUCAUUAUGACAUCUGUCAUUGCGACUCCAUUUGUACUGAUAUGGUUGACUGAGUUAAUAUUGUUAGACUCAGAGCAACCUAUAUGUCAGAAGAUGCAACGUUCAGUUAAGCAGGCGCUCGUGCUAUACAGGAACUACGCUUACGGCCUGGUCUUCAAUAUCGUAGUAGUUGAGGUUAUGAAAGGUAUCACGGGGAAUCCAAGACCAACCUUCUUCGAUAUCUGUGAGCCUGAUACCGCAAAGACUUGCAAUGGAUCGGAAUACGUGAGCACAUUCGAGUGUACAUCGACCAGGUUCUCCUCUUGGUAUCAGAUGGACUCCUACCACAGCUUCCCUUCGGGACACACCUCACUAUCCGUCUACUGCGGACUGUUUAUGGCGUGGUACUUGCAACGACGUGCAUUCGACUGGCGUCACCGCAGCGUGCUGGCGGUGCCGCUGCUGCAGCUGGCCUGCCUCACGUACGCCGCGCUCUGCUCGCUCACCAGGAUCACUGACCGCAGACACCACUGGUGGGAUGUGCUCACUGGCGCUGUUAUAGGAGUUAUUUGUGUCUUUUACACUGUAUUCGCUCUCUGCGAUAACUUCUCUACCUUAAAAGAACAGAAAAGGGAGAAGAGGGUUAUAACACCCGUACAGUCCAACAGAACUUCGAUAUACGACACCGGGCUGCAGGGACCUCUCACUUAAAUAACUUAAACUUAAGUUAGAACUUAGGAUCAAUUAUUAGACGUUACUAAUGCAAUUAUAAUUUCUUAAUCAAAUUCAAUUAUUAGACAUGUGUAGGUAAUAUUUAAUUACCUAUAGUCAAACUAAAGUAUCUGGCCCGGUGAGACAUUGCGAUAGGUCGAUUCCGCCUCAGUGGGUAGUCGCGGUGGCAAUCGCGAUCCCGUGUUGUCCCACACAAUGGCGAGGAGAGGUUUUUUGGGUAUGCCCCAUUAAGGAGACAAUCCAACAUAACUCUCGUCCCCACCCCGAGGCACAUAAAGCAUUCCCCUCUGAAAAAAAAGGUUGAUUCCGCCAAAAAAAUAUAAAACCUUCAUAGAAAGCGACUUAAAAAGAACAACAUAACAUUAUUACAAAAUCUUUUGAUGUUUUUGACAUUGACAGAGGGCGCUAGUGAGCUAUAAUUUAAGACUUCAACCGGGUCAGAUAACUUGUCCGUCUAUACAUGUAUUAUAAGCAGAGCCGAGUACGAUGACGUCAUAGUUAUACAGUCUGUAAGUUUUGUCCAUACGUAAAUUUUCUUAAGAGACGCUGACCUUUGAUUAAACUAACGCACAAGCGUUGUGCGAUUGUCGAUUGUU